UAAAGAAGUCCCGCAGGCCGCCUUGCACUGUUAGAUUUUCCGUUUCCAAACGUUGCUUUCAGCCAUGUCUGGUCGUGGUAAAGGAGGCAAAGGGCUGGGGAAGGGCGGCGCCAAGCGGCACAGGAAGGUGCUGCGGGACAACAUCCAGGGUAUCACCAAGCCUGCCAUUCGGCGUCUGGCUCGGCGAGGGGGUGUCAAGCGUAUCUCGGGGCUGAUCGAGGAGACCCGCGGCGUGCUGAAGGUCUUCUUGGAGAACGUGAUCCGCGACGCCGUCACCUACACGGAGCACGCCAAGAGGAAGACCGUCACGGCCAUGGACGUGGUCUACGCGCUCAAGCGCCAGGGCCGCACUCUGUACGGCUUUGGCGGCUAAGCGCUCCUGCCGGGGUCGAACACUGUCCGCUUGUCGUUGCCCAAAGGCCCUUUUCAGGGCCACCCACUUUCUCACUUGGGGGAGCUGUGCCCCGCCUUUCUGCCGGUCUUUGUCGAGGGC